GGCAGAGGUCAGUACUCAGCCAAUCAAAACUGGUGGUUUUCUGAUUGCUUCUACCGUAGUUGGUAGAAGCAAUCAGAAAAUCCCCGACCAACCAGCAUGUCCGCGCCGCCUCCAUUUCCUCGACCCAACGUGUCUAUGGCCAUGCCGAAGAGCGCACUGCUCUCCAAACUUGAAGCGUUCCUACCACAAAUCGAGCGCGAGAACAAGUCCCUCGCCCAAGCGAUAUCCGCGGGCGAAGCCGACAAGUUCAACAUUGAAGUCGAUGAAACGGACACCGAGAAACCUGUCAUCCAAAUGGACUUUGCCUUGGGAGUCAUGGGUGACGGAGAUGACGACGACAAGGACAGCGACGACGACGACGACAAUGUGUCGCACGACAUUCAAUUCAAAGCACAAAGCCCCACAAACUCGAUUCGGCUGUCGCCGCCGACGGUGGUGCCGGCGCGCUCCUUGAUCCAAGAACUAAAUUAACUAACCCAUCCCUUCAUCCAA